CUUUAAUAUUAUAUAUUUAUAUAAUUUAGUUAAUAUUAUAAUUUAGUUAAUUUCUUUACAAUGUCUCUGGACAGUUUUAGGAAUCAAGUUCUUUCGAAUUCUGAUGGAGAAGAAAGAGUAGAAGUCAAUCAAAGACACUUGAUUGACAAAAUUUUGGCUCGAUACUCUGCCGAAUUCGUUGUAUACCGGGAGUUAAUGCAGAAUUCUGAUGAUGCGAAAUCGUCGAGUGUCCAAAUUAUAUUUGAAACUGCAAAUCCAAGCACAGAUAAACAUUUGAAAGACAAAAUCGUACGAAUUCUAUUCAAAAACAAUGGAUUCGCUUUUAGGGUUGAGGAUUGGAAUCGAUUAAAGAAGAUCGCCGAAGGAAAUCCAGAUGAGCAAAAAAUAGGAGCUUUCGGUGUGGGCUUUUAUUCAUUGUUUUCAGUUUGUGAAAACCCAUUUGUUUCUUCCGGUGGACAAGGAAUGGCUUUUUAUUGGCGCGGAGAUCAAUUAUUUGCGAAACGAGGGCCAAUCGAUGAUACAGACAAAUCCUUGACAACAUUUUUAAUGGAUAUGAGAGAACCUACAGAAUUUCCGGAUAUUGAAGAAUUCGCACGGUUCUUGGCCAAUUCAUUGGGAUUUACGGGAAAUCUUCGAGAAGUAUCUGUGUAUUUUAAUAGUACUUUAGUAAUACAACUAUCAAAAAAAAUGCAAGAACCGAGAUCGAUGAACAUCGCAUCCGCUUUCGAUACAUACUCUCCGCAAAAGAUGUUUCAUCUUACUUCAGUAGAUGUUAGAGGUGUCCAACUGGACGUUAAGAGAUUAAUUGACCCAUCAAAUAUAAUAACAAAACAAUGGCGUCCAUCACCAAUUACUAAUUUUCAAACAGAAGAAGCAUCAAUAUUUCUAAGGAUUGCAAGCGGAAAUUUGGAUGUUAAGGUCAGCAGUGCAUUUUCUUUAGAAAUGGAACGUACUACCAAAAAGAAACCGCCAAAUAAGACAACAAUUCAAAUGAUUUUUACUGGAUUUGAUGAACGCAAUUCAUCUGGGGAUAAUAAUAAUAAAAUUUCUCCAAUAUUUAAAGAUUUACUUCCAUACCCAGAACAAGGGCGAAUAUAUAUUGGUUUCCCGACACAUCAAACCACUGGAUGUUCUUCUCAUUUGGCAGCUCGUGUGAUCCCUACCGUGGAACGAGAGUCAAUUGAUUUGGUGGACAAAACUUUGGCUAAAUAUAACAGUGAGAUGUUAUGUUUGGCAGGAAUAUUGUGCAGAAUUUUAUAUGAAGACGAAAUGACUCAGAUAACAAGGCUUUAUAAUGAAAUGAUUGUUCCUAAUGCCAAAAUUGAUGAUGAAAGUACCAAGUCUGUUUGUGAAUGGUUUGAGAAUCGUGCAGCACAUGCUUUAACACAUUUUACAUUCAAACCAAGUACGCCGAAUAUGCAAGUUGGCAAAAUAACCGAAUUACAAUUUUUCAGUUGUUCAAGACAAACUUUAUCUAUUUUUUCGACAAAGGGUGUCCUUCCAAUAUCUAACGUUCGCAUGCCUAAUUCGGAAAUGGCAGGAUUCAUCAAAAGUGUUCCACUUGUACCAAAAAUUACAUUGGAACAAUGUGACGUAUUUUUUAAGAAAGCAAAAGAUAUGAGACUUAUAGAAGACUUAACUCUUCAGGAUGUUUUAGCAGAAUUGAAAAAUCGAGUACUUUCAGAAAGUGAAAUGGUUGAACUUUUAAAAUGGUGGUUUUCUUAUAGGUCAAAAGGAAAUAAUGUUAAUCAAAUGGAAAUUUCACAAUUUAUGCAACUGGCAUUUAUCGGCGAUAAAUCUCGAAAUUUGAGUAAAUUCCGUUAUUUUCUGAACCCUAGUAUAGUACCGCCAGAUGUAGAUAUUCCUCUUGAAGUUUUGCCAUAUACUAUUUCCAAACCUUUAAAAAAUCAGGAUCUUGAAAAAUGGUUUAGGUGGUCAGAAUUAUCUUUGGUUAAUUGGGCAAGGUUCAUCGUUGAAAAAUCUGAUUUGGAAGUCAGCCCUCCAUUUGCUGAGAAAGUUCAUAAUAUUUUAGCACGAAGUCUAAACAAUAUUUCGCAAAAUGACAAGGAAAUAAUUCGUCAAUUAUUUUCCCAAAAGAAAUGCGUUCCUACAAAAUCUGGCAUGAGGAUUCCUGAUGAAGCUUAUUUUCAGAAUGUUAAUUUAUUCCCUGACUUACCAACGGUUCAAUUUCAAAAACCUCAAAGUGUUCAGAAUAUAAUGCAAUUAUUAGGUGUUCGAAAGGUUGUUGAAUUACAACUUAUUUUUGAUCGUCUUGUUAGUCAAGGAAAUUGGGAUCAUAUGCAACUCGUAAAAUACCUUGCUUCAAUAUCAAGUAAUCUCAAAGAAAUUGAAAUUAAGAGAUUAAUAGUCACUCCCAUCUGGCCUAAAGAAGAUUUAUCGCAGUCCAAUAAACAGGAUGAAACAAAUUCAAAACCAAAAAUUCUUCGUUUUGUUGCUAGCGAUUUAUAUGCACCUUUAGUAUUACAUCGUGAAUUCGGUCUACCAAUAAUUGAUUGGAAAGGAAAAUGGGCUCGUAAUACACAAGAAGGAAAAUUUUUAAUUGAACUUGGAUUACGAGAGUACCCUACAUUGAAAAAAAUUUUAGAAUUGGCAGCACCUCCAACUGAUCCCAAAAUUCGUAGCAAGGCUCUUAAAUAUUUUAUUGAAAAUUUUAAAGAAAAAUAUUCUAAAGAUUAUAAUCCGUCUGAAAUCAAUAUUGCAUUUUUACCUUGUUCAGAUACAACUAUUUUCGCAAAACCUUCAGAAUGUUUUAUUAACCCUGAUUGUAUGAUAAUGAAAUUUAACGCUAUACAUCAAGAUUUACGGUUCCAAGCAGAACAGUUUGGCGUUCGUCAACACCCAAGUCGGGAUAAACUAUUAAGUAGGUUGAUUGAGGAUCCACCACGAGACGAGAAUAAGGCAAAGGACGUUUUUGAAUAUUUGGCAUCACGACAAGGAGAUUUUAAUCAUUUUGAUUGGAAUAAACUAGCUAGUCUCAAAUUUAUUCCAAUUCGAAAUAAAACUCAACCUAAUGAAAUAGUUCUUACUGAUCCACGUAGUUGUUUCUUUAAAGGUCAAGAAGAAAGUUUGAAUGAUUUCUUUUCGUAUAUUAAUUUUGGACCUAGAGCCAAUAGAUUUCUGCAAAGUUGUGGUGUCAAAGACGAACCAUCUCCAAUUGAAUUUGCCGAAUUACUAGUGAAAUCAUCACAUAAAUUGUGGAAUUCAAUUGGAGAUAACGUAGAAAAAUAUUUAAAUGUAUUAAGACGAAUUGCUGUUCACUUUAAUACCAUAUCUAGAAAUUCAAGUUUAAUUGCAGAUAUGAAAAGGGCACCUAUUUUACUGGCUGUAAAGAAAAGACGCUCUAAUUCUGAGAGAGAUAGCAUGAUUAAGAUGGAUGAUGAAGCUGAACAUUACUGCUUGGCUUCAGCCAAAGAUAUUUUCAUCAAUGAUGAUACAGUGUAUCAACAGGUUUUUAACCCAUUGACAGUUCCGGAAGAAGAUAAUAUGGAAGUCUUGUAUAGAAAAUUGGGAUGUAAAUCAUUACGCGAAUCUGUGAAGGAAUCUGUAACCCCAAUAGGCACGAUGCGAGAAACUACGAGUUCUAGGAAUUUGCAAGCAAAAAUUGUGGAAAGGGCACGCCUGUUUUAUUAUGAUCUUGAUCAUCCUACUAACGAAACUAGAAAAGAAUCAACUACUUGUUGUAUUCUCUCAGAUAGGAGUAAUUCGACUCUUUAUGUGACACCUGACCCUGAUACACUCGAUAUUUCACAACAAAUAGUUAAGAAUAUUUACAAGUCACACAAAUGGAAAGACAUCUCUCAUCUGAACAUGCUUUUAACUACACAACUGACAAGUUUGAAACGUAAAGGAUAUCCGGUUGAUCGUAUAUUACGACAACCUAAACAACAACGUGUUGUUGAAAAAUAUGAUCAAAAUAUAAUUGACCAAGAGAAUGAAGAAAAUCUUUCUAAUGAUACAAUAAAUAAUGUAUCCUCCGGAUUAUCUCCUCAGAUAGAAAGUUAUGUUCCUAAAUUACAAGAACUGUUUCCAGAUUGUGACCCAAAUCAUAUUCGUCAACUCCUUGCAAAACAAAAGAAUGAUCACUUAGCUAAUGUAGCCAAUAUACUUGCUGAGGGCAAUUAUCCCAAAAUCAAUCCAAAAUCCCAGCAAACUCAAAAAACUCAGCAAACUAAUGUAUCAACUGAUCCUGUUAAUGAUGGUGGUAAUAAAAAUUUAGGUUUUUUUGAUAAAGUAAGGAAAGUAAAGGAUUAUAUUCCAACCCUAGCCACUGGAAGUGCUGGUACAUCAACUUCUUCAAAACCUAUGGAAUCUUCUGCAAAUAAGGAACCAGUUCAUGUAACACCUGAAACUACUAGAAAUUUACGAAAUUCUUUACAAGAAAGUAUAAGAACUUGUCGUUCUAAUUCAGGAAGUGUCAUCGAUAAUCAAGCUAGCGUUAAAGUUGUCGAUGAAAGUCAAACAAGUUAUUGUGAUGUUAUACCUGGUCAUUCAUUAAAUUGUGUUGGGAGUUUACAUGAUAUUGAACUAUAUGUUCCUAAAGGUGCUGAUCGAUCAGAAAUUUUAUCUCUACCACUUGGUCCUUCAUUAAUCCGUUUUAUCAAUAUACUAAAAGAUCUUGUUGAAGUUUUUGGACUUGCACCAAAAGCUAUUCAUAUAUUCAAUGAUAAAAAUUCAAAUUCGAUUGCAUUUAAUCGGGACAAAUCAUUAUUUUUUAAUUUAAAGUUUUAUCUUGGAUUACAUGAUGAACAAUGUAAAAUUAAAACUACAAGUGAUGCCAUGACAUAUUGGUAUAUGACAUUUUGCCAUGAAUUAGCGCAUAAUUUUGUUCACCCUCAUAAUUCCGAACACGAAUUCUAUUUUUCAUCAUACGCAGAAAAUUAUAUGACAAAUUUCUUAGCAACAUUGAAAAAGCGAGAAAUUAUAUAAUACAAUAAUAUUAGAUAGAAAUUGUAAUAUUAAGAAAUAUUAAAUAUAUACUAGAUAAUAUUUAAUAUUUAAUAUACUUAUUUAUUUAUUCAUGUAUUUAUAU